AGGAGGAGCUACACGUUUAUAUUCGCUCACACACUACCUGCUAUGGUCAAAGCAUUGCAGACUAUUAACUGGUCUAAGUACAUUCCUCAAUUUUGUCCGUUCUUUAGCCUUAAAUAUGGGCGACAACGACAAAGGCCGGGAGUCCCGCUCCGCUUCCAGGAGCGCGAGUCCCCGUGGCUCUAGGAAGUCGAUAAGCCGCUCCCCAGCUCAUUCCAAAGAUGGAUCCCAUCGCUCCCGCUCCAAGUCCUGGUCUGGCUCCAGGUCUAGAUCAGGCUCCCAUUCUCACCAUGGCUCUCGCAGACACUAUAGCCAUUCCCGGUCCCGCUCCAGGUCCUACCGGCGUAGAUCUCACAGCAGGUCCUACAGUGGAGAGCGCCGGCGCAGAAGCACCAGUCAUUCACCCAUGUCCAAUAGGCGCAGGCAUAUUGGUAAUCGGGCUAAUCCAGAUCCAAAUGCUUGCCUGGGAGUGUUCGGCUUGAGCUUGUACACCACAGAGAGGGACCUGAAGGACGUCUUCUCCAAGUAUGGGCCUCUGGCAGAUGUUUGCAUCGUGUAUGACCAGCAGUCAAGGCGCUCCAGGGGCUUUGCUUUUGUUUACUUUGAAAACACAGAUGAUGCUAAAGAGGCAAAGGACAGAGCUAAUGGUAUGGAACUGGACGGCCGUAGAAUCCGGGUGGAUUUCUCAAUCACAAAAAGACCUCACACCCCCACACCAGGAAUCUACAUGGGCCGGCCCACAUAUGGCGGAGGUGGUCCUGGUGGACCCAGACGCUAUUCACGUGACUAUGAUCGUGGAUACGACCGCGGAUAUGACAGAGGCUAUGAUCGCUAUGACGACAGGGAUUACUACAGAUCAUACAGACGAAGAUCUCCAUCACCAUACUACAGAGGAGCGUACAGAUCUCGGUCAAGAUCCCGGUCUUAUUCUCCCCGUCGAUAUUGAGCUGUUGAGGCAGACAUUAAUCCCUUCUUUCCAUGGACAGAUGAGAGUUUUCUCCUAAAGAUUUGAAUUUCUUGUAGAUAUCCUACUCUACAUGGGGACAAAUGGGUUUCUUUGAUAUGAAGUUUUUUUGAGGAAGUUAUGUAUUAAGUGCUAGAACACCAGCAGUGUAAGCUUUUUAAUGUAGGUAUGUGAAAAAGGAGAGCAGAAAACCUUUUCCCCCAUUACUGCCCCUGGAGCUGUUAUCUUUCUGCAAAAUGUGAAACUUGGGAGUUGUUCAUCUGCCUAUUUCUCAGUUGGUUAGUUUGGUUUUGUGUAAUCUGGUGUUUAAAUGCCCCAACCUGGUGUAGCCUCUCAGAAUUGCUGCGUCUCCCACGGUCUCCAGGUGCAGUUAAUGUUCCUGUCAGGAAAGGCUUUGUAGCUUCACAAAAUAUAUACAGCAUCAUUAGUUUCUGAGAAAUACAGUAUGCUUUUAUUUAAAAGACCAAUUUCUCAUCCAGUGCCACAUUAAAGAAACCAAACUCUCCCACACAGUUGAUCCGCAUUCUUCCUCUUACUUAUUUUUGAUCAGUAUAAAUGGAAUCACAUGUAAAGCAGUGCCCUCAUUGUUUUUUUUUUUUUUUU